AUGGGAGACACCAUUCACCAUCGCCAAGCGAUGGGCGUGGGACUCAUGGCUCCCGACCGGAAAACACAUGGUCUCCGGCUGGCCUCCCACACGAUGGUCAGAUUCAACGUGUCUGCGUGCAGGGACGGUCAAGCCGUCAGCAAGCACCAGGCAGAGGGUAUCGGCGUGGCAUCGGUGUUCGUGUCAGCGCUCAUAGGCCUUUACUACAACGUCAUUGUCGCCUACUGUCUCGUCUAUAUGAUCUCAUCGAUGACGAGCGAACUGCCGUGGUCCGACUGCAACAACGAUUGGAACUCCGACGUGUGCAUAUCUAACAGCACCGGUGAAGAGAACACAACAUUCUACACACCAUCCGAAGAAUACUUCUACAAAAAAGUGCUUGAUAUCUCUGAUGGGAUAGAUGAUCCUGGUGGAAUGCAGCCAGUGCUUGUUGGUUCGCUUGCAGCAGCUUGGUUCAUAGUAUUUCUUGUUCUAAUCAAGGGAGUUGGUAGUCUUGGCAAG